AAUCGUGUUUCUGUCUGAGCGUCUACUUUGAGUACCUAUAAUGUCAAGUUUCAAUUCAAUUCAAUUUUUAAAUUGUAGCUCCAUCGUUGGCAGACGAUGGUUUUGCCAAUGAGAAAGUUGAAAGUAGGAAAAGUUUGUUAAGUUUCAAUUGCCAUCCCAGAUCAACUGUCAAUGUCAAAAAUCUAAAUUGUCAUUUCCGAGUUCAAGUGUUGAAUUAUUUUUGAUGCGGCUUUAUUCCAAUUUUUAUUAAGGUUAAUAUUAAUAACCUAAUUAAAAUGAAAUAUAUAUCGGUUUCUUUGAUUCUUACUUUAAUAUUUGCUGGAUAUAUUAUUAAUACAAUAUGGACUUUGGCUGAAAUAUUCAUACCGCCAGAAUGCAGUCGUGGCGAAAGAUGUUUUUCUUCGUAUUUGGCUGCAAAUCCAAAACAGCAUCUCGUUUUGUACACUUCUGUAAAGGAACAUUCGUAUUCAGAGGGUUCAUCCUCAGAAUCGGUGACAAAAGUUUACACAUCUUUAAAUUUUGACUAUCAAAAUCCAAGUACUAUUGAGUUAACCUUGAAGAUACCGCGAAAAACCCGCAAUAACGGGACAUUAUACAUGCAUGCUGUGUUAUUAGAUGAUAGUCAACUUUAUAAAACGUUUGACGACAUCCGUCGCACGGAAUCAGUGCACACACUGCCUCUCAUAACACACAUCGAACCCCAGGCUGCUACUUUCAACCUUCUGGAACAUAAUGUUGAUGAGGAGAAGACACAGGCCAAAGGUUUAAAAUCUUAUUCCCAUAUAACAACAGUUGUGCCACUGUCAAUACUCUCAGACAAAUUGAAUCUCCCCGCUAAUAAGAUACCUGGUGAGCUAUAUCCACACAUCAGGAUAAGGAAUGGUAAAUUUUUGCCAAUAAUACAACACAAUGUGCUGAAAUCUCGAAUAGUUCAUCUUCAGUUGCUUAACACAAGUUCAUCAAAUGUUAAUGUGACUGUUAAUGUAGCACCUUCAUCAUAUGGUUCCUUCCGUUUGGCCCUUCAUGUGCGAUUGGCUCUGGAACAACUUCAUAUGCUUGGAUUCAGUGAGAAAGAUGUUGAUGAUGUCAAAGGAAUAUUUGCAGAUACAAAUUUGUAUUUAUUGUCUGCUACAGUUUUGAUAGCUAGUUGCCAUUUGUUGUUCGAUUUCUUGGCGUUCAAGAAUGACGUAUCAUUUUGGCGAAGCAAACGUUCGCUGGCGGGUUUGUCCGCCCGCACUGUAUUGUGGCGAGCAUUCUCACAACUGGUCAUAUUCUUCUACCUCGUUGAUGAGCAGACAUCACUACUUGUUCUCAUACCAGCUGGAAUCAGUGCAGUGAUUGAGCUAUGGAAAGUGACGAAGGUGCUGCACGUGCGCGUGUCGCUGGCGGGCUACAAGCUGCGCGUGUGGCGCGAGCGCGGCGCCGACGCGGCCGAGCGCUCCACGGCGGCGGCCGACGCCGAGGCCAUGCGCUACCUCGCCAUGCUGCUCUACCCGCUGUGCUUCGCUGGUGCUGUCUACUCGCUCGUCUACGAACCGCACAAGAGCUGGUACUCGUGGGCUCUGCACAGCGUUGUGAAUGGCGUGUACGCGUUCGGGUUCCUGUUCAUGCUGCCGCAGCUGUUCGUGAACUACCGGCUGCGGUCGGUGGCGGCGCUGCCGUGGCGCGCCUUUAUGUACAAGGCUUUCAACACGUUUAUAGACGACGUGUUCGCAUUCAUCAUCACCAUGCCAACGGCUCAUCGUGUCGCUUGCUUCAGAGAUGAUCUUGUGUUCCUCGUAUAUUUGUAUCAGAGAUGGUUAUAUCCAGUUGACAAGUCCCGUACCGACACUGCUUCCAGCAUGGAUGAGAGUCCAGAACUGCCAGAACCCCCUAAACAAAAAGAAGAAUAAUACUCAUGCAUUUUGGCAUGCAAUUCUGAUUGUAUACUGAGGCUAAUUAUGGUACGCACCAUGAAAAACAUUUUAUUGACUGCUGGUAUGGAGGGAAAUGAUAAUAUUUUCUUUUAUUUAAUUUUAUAUUCAAAGUGAUUGUGACGAAUUUAAAAUUUGAUUGACUGUUAAUUAACUUUAUUAUUGGAAUAGAAAAGUACUUUCUAUGACUAUUAAGUUUAAGCAAAAAAAUCGUAAAAUAGUCUUAACUCCAAGAAAUCUUACCACUUGUAAUAGUGUAUGAAAAAAACAAUUAUGUUAUGUUUUUUUUUUUUAAUGAAUUUGUGAUAAAAAAAAAUGCAGUUACUUAUUUUCAGUCUUGUGAAAAACAAAGAAUAAUAAAAGGCAUAACAAUUGGUCAUCAGUAAACAUACGAGUUCGAAAAUCCAUAGACCCAUUUUGUAAUAUAAAAUAUUAUCAAACAUAACAUCACAAGAGUUGUCAUGACAUUAAGUUGAUCCGUCCGGAUUUUCGCCUGUCCUUGUAUAAUGUGUGGUAUGUUUUACCAAUAAUUGUCAUGUAUUGUGUAUAAUUUUUAUUCCUUUCUAAUUGCACUGAUUUUAAAAUAAUUUAUUAGUAAAUAUUUUUAUUUGUUUAAAUGCUCAAAUUUAAUGUUAUUUCAAAUUAAAUAGACAAUUGUACACCUACUCAAAGAUUUUUGAAAUUAUAUCCUAUUUUAUUUUAAGUUUACCAUUUAUUUUUUAUUAGUCGUUGCUUUAUUAUUUUUAUUUGUAUUACAUAUAGUAAAAAAAGUGAAUUGCGUAAAGUUAAAACGAUGCCACAAAAUAUGUUAUGUUGUCAGGAGCAAUUUUCAGAUAAAUUGUAGAACGGUGAUUUCGAAAUUUUGCUAGCUAACUGCCGAGGAGAGCUUGGUAAUAAUAAAUUUUAUUUUACUGUAUUUUCCGCAGCUGUACCAAAUAUUUAAGCCAUAUCGGCGACAUCCUAUCGUCUGGCAAGGAAUAGUCACAAAUGUCCAUACGAUUUUUAUCUGGACGCUCUACUUAUCGCCAGGUGCAGUGAAGGCAUGUUGUCAUGGUCGUUUAAAAUAAUAGAAAAAAGUCUUGCACACGAUACUUGUUGAGCAUCAGUCUGAUGAUCAGUAUUAUAAGUAAUACAGGUAUUGCUAUAAUCCCACUGCUAGGGACGGGCAGACUGUAUUGGGGGUCUUUUGUUUAUGUUGCCAGCCUAAUGCGGAUUGAUCCUCAUAACUUCCAGCUUUUAUAGAUGAUUUCAGGAAUGAAGGUUUCCUUACGAUGUUUUGUAUUUAUUAUAAUUGUUAUAAUUGACGUGCAAUAAAAAUAUUCUACCUUUA